CCAUCACUACGCGCGGUCAACACAGUCAAUAGGGAAAAAAACUUACAACACAGGAAAGCUUGUCCGCUAUAAAUGCAGAAUUUUCCUCGCUAAUUGCGAUUGGAUCCGCAAAACGUGCGGUUUUCCUUGUUAGCUAAGGGUCGGUCUUACGAUUGGUGUAAAAGUGCGGACAAUUGAGUCGGUGCAAGCGUGUGAAAAAGCGUGGUAAAGUUUCGGUGCCCGAGAAGAACGCAUCCCGGGGAGCAUCGUCGUCGCCGCAGCCGCCGUCGCCGCCCUCUGUGUGUAUGCUGUGUGGAAGAAGUCGGAGCAAAGAAAGGGAAAAGGAAUCAUCCUCUACCAGCACGGGAAGCGUCUCCAAUUGGUGUCGGGUGUGCUUGCUAAGGGUUUUGCUUAGUUCCGGUCGAAAUUAUUUAGGCUUGUAGUCAGAUUACAGCAGCGAAUAAAGCUGGUGCUGGGGUGGAUGAAAAGGGUAGAAAAGUGACGGAAGAAAGAGAUAGAGAGAGAGAGAGCAGCCACCAUGUCAACAAAAGCUAGUGAAGAGGAAUCGUCCUCACAUCUGGACGAGAGUGAUAUCCCGGACGAGUUUAUCGAUGAAGAUGCGGAUAAACUGGGAUACUUUCCGGGAAAAACGAUCACCCUUCAGAUGCUGCUCGGUGCGAACGUUCUUCAGCCCGGCAAAGGUGCCAUGACGAUCGAGUAUCUGGGACAAAAGUUUGUCGGUGACCUGCUGGCGGACGGUAAAAUCAAGUCCCAGGAAACGGAAACCAUCUUCUGCUCACCGAGUGCCUGGGCCAUCUACUGCAAGCGCAUCAUCAAUCCGGACAAAAAGUCUGGCUGUGGGUGGGCGUCGGUAAAGUACAAGGGGCGCAAGCUGGACGCGUACAAGGCGGCAUACUACAAGAAGCAGCAGAAGGAACGCGAUCAGAAAGAUGAAGUACCUGCUGAAGACACGGUAGAAGAGCUGGAGGAAGACAAAACGGCUAUGGAGCCACCACCGGCAAGGCGAAACAUUGUCUCGCACAACACCAUCAGCAAUCGCAACAUCAUGCACGACUCAAACACACUCAUCGAAGCGGUUCCGUUCACCGCGAUCGGAAAGAUGCAACCCUUUCUAGUGACCGUAAGCACCUCGACGCUGCUCGUGAUGGAUUUCCACUGUCAUCUUACCAACUACGAGGUGUGCGGAUAUCUCGGUGGAACGUGGGACAUAAACGCGCACAAUCUGUCCAUCACGCAUGCCUUCCCCUGUCGGAACACGCGUCACGAUCGCGACAAAGCGGCACUCUGCGAGCUGCAGAUACAGAAGCUGAUGAUCAAGAAAAACAUCAAUCUGGUCGGCUGGUACCAUUCGCAUCCACGCUUCCCGGUGCAGCCGACGUUGCGCGAUUGUGACGCCCAGCUGGACUACCAGAUACGGAUGCGAGGACCCACCGAGGCGUCGUACAUUCCCUGCAUCGGAUUCAUCUGCUCUCCGUACGAUGAUCAAAACAGCGCGCUCGAGUCGAACGUAAUGUCCUUCUGGGUAAUGCCACCGCCGGAGAAUCGACCCGCCGAGUACGGUCGCCCGAUGCUGAUGUCGUACACGCUCGUCCAGGACGAAACACUUUCCGAGGACGUAAAGGAGGAGAUGAUGCUGACCGUCGAUUACUACAAACAAUUCAAGCGCGAACUGAUCAACUUCCAGUCGAUCUACAUCAACGAUGUUCCGUACAUUGAGAAGCUUCGAAAAUCGCUCACCCCACGGUUCCCGCGCGAUUCCACGUCCGGUCACUUCUGGAACUGGAUUCGGGAGCUGCUCGGGAUUGAACCGGAAGACAUUCCCGAGGUGGUGGUCAUACCGGAUCCAGCGCCACCUCCACCGGUGUCACUGUCAGGGAUGGAACACCAUCCAGACGCUUCUAAAGGCAACGAUGAUGUGACGAUCGUGUCCGCCACUCCUGGCACGCAUCAGCCACAACCGGUGGUAGUGAAUUUGGUGCACAGCGCCGAGGAAAGCAGCAUCACAACCGAGGCGAAGAAUGAUGAUGAUUUCGAUGGCGCUUCGGAGAUGGGCGAUUCCGACGUAAUCUCGCUGAAGGACGACGAUGGCAAACCGACGGGACCGUCGAUCGCCGUUCCGAGUUUGCAGGCUCAGCUGAAGCGUCCGUCCGGGUUAAAUAUGACUCCAUCACCGCUGUCCAGUUCGCUGGUGGUGCUCCCAACGAAUCUUAGUCAAACGGGUGGCGGCAACAAUGGUGGACCGACGGCCACCCAAACUACCGCCACCAACCUUACCAUGAACAGUUCCGGUGCCGGUCUAGCAAACAAUCACCUCCAUCACGCACAUCAGCAGCCGCCAACGGGUCAGCCGGGCCAGAUGCUUCCGAUGGGAGCCAACUCACUCGCCACCACCAACACUUCCUCGCCCCGUGAUAGCCCAAUUACGAUCCCCUCGAACUCGGCCAGUCCGGCGAAGUUUGAAAUGCCCGUCCGGGCCAGUCCGUCCCCGGCCAAAUCGGACACCUCGUCCUGUCGCAGCCGCACACGCAAUUCUCCCGCACCGAGCCCGGGCAAACUUUCGAUCGGUGACAUUCUCGGGAGUGCGGCUGCCGCUGCUGCUGGAGGAAACCGAGCGAGUCCUACUCUUAGUUCGCUGAUUGGGCCUGCGGGUGGUGCUGGUGGUGGUGGUGGUGGAGCAGCAGGUGGCGGUGGUGCUGGUGGUCCCGGUAACAUCCACGACCUGUACGCGGCUACAUUCGCUUCGCUCGGCAGUGCACUUCCUUCCAACUUGCUGUCCCAGGAUUAUGCGGCUCUUUUCGGGCAGGGUGGACAGCAGGGUGGCAAGCAGCAACGUGGAGAUGAGUACGGACUGUCAGCGUUGACGGCACUCGCCCAGGUAGCCGCAGCGUCCGGGCUUUCCAAUUCGCAAAUCAACGAAACGCUGCUGCACAGCCUGAACCGUAGCAUAUCGUCGAAAGCGGGUGGAUCGGGUGGAGGAGGUGGUGGAUCGGGGGGUGGUGUUGCUACGUCCGCUUCUCAGCCGGCCUCUACCAUCACCUCCAACUCGUCGGUGAGCGCCGGCGGUGCAGGAGGCGCUAAUUCCGCCGCCGGGUUGCCCCCGAUUCCGAACAUGAAGGAGUUCAUGCAGCAGCUCGAGAAAGGCAACCUCAGUCUGUUCAUGCAAUCGCAGUACGGCAAUCCGCUGGUCGGUAUGGCCGGGCUAACUUCCGGCACGUCCGGACCGGCGACCGGCACGGCUGGAACGACCGGUGGAAGUCCUAGCACGGGCAAAUCGGGCCGGUCCGGUGGGAAAUCUCGCUCGAAAGCGAAUCAGCUGCAGCAGCAGGCGGCGGCCGCCGAAGCUGCGGCCCGCCAGCAACUGCAUCAAGCGCAGCAAGCCCUCUUGCAGCACCAGUCAAUGAUGGAGUAUGCCGAUUUCAAGUUCGAUCAGGGCAAGCUGGCAGACUUGAUGAAAUCGCCCGAAUACUCCCAAAUGUUGCUCCAGCAGGCACAAGCGCUCGGCAAUCUGGGGAGCGAGAUUUCCAUCAUCAAAAAACCUUCGUCGGGCUCGUCGAAGGGCAAUUCCAGCGCGAAGGAUCACUCCGGCGGGGCAGGACAGAUGAAUGCGGGGGGCAGCUCGUCGGGCAACGCUUCCAUGUCAUCGUCAGCGUCCGCCGCUAAGAAGGAAGCAGCCGCAGCGAGCGAACUAAUCUCCAAGCUGCGGACGGUGUUCUCCACCGACGCUUAUCUCCCACCCGUACCGACGACGGCCGACAUCAAUCUGCUGGUGGAACAGUCGCAGAAGUAUCCGGUGGUGCAGCAGAUCCUCAACUCGGGCAACGUGGACGACAUUCAGGUGCUGCUGAAAGCGCAAUCGCUCUCUAACAAUCAGCUCGAUUUUGCCGCCUUUCUGGGCCACAACGGUGGGGUGGGAGGAGGUGGGGGUGGAGGUGGUUCCGGUACGAACGGGAACACGAGUGGACUGAAUCUGGGCAUGCUGGGCGCCGGCGGAACGGGCGGUUCCUCCGAUGGUCCAUCACCGUCGGGAAAAUCUUCCAACGCGAAAGGAGGCGGUGGUGGUGGUGGAGUGGGAGGACUUAAGGAGGGCGAUAUGGCGGCAGCGGCCGCAGCAGCAGCAGCCGCCGCCAUGAAUCCGUACCUUGCCGUACCGAAUCUGUCCGCACUGUUCGAACCGAUCCAGCGCAUGGGUGGUUCGGGUGGUGGCACGGGCGGUAAAUCGGGUGGCAAAGCGGAUAAAGCAUCGAAAGCAGCUGCCGCAGCAGCAGCAGCAGCGGCGGCCGCCGCCGCCGUCGGCGGUGGUUCCAUAACCAAUCCGGCCGACAUGCUGAACAGUUUGUUCGCUUCGGCAGUGGGGGCUGGUGGUGCGCCACCGACCGCUGCGGACAUGAACGCGUUGCUUUACAGUCAGGCGGCCGCGGCAGCUGCGGCCGCUGGUGGUGGCAAGGGUAUGCCAGAUUUGAACCUCCUCUUUGGUGGUGGUGGUGGUGGUGCCGGGAUGCCCAACUCCAAUUCGGCCGCUUCCUCCCCGGGAGGUGGUGGGGGUGGUGGAGCCGGGGGACAAGCCGGUGCCGGGUCGGGAGGUACCGGGGGAGGUAAUGCGGGUGCGGGCGGCAAAUCGGGAUCGGCAGCUGCCGCCGCGGCAGCAGCGGCCGGUCUCGAUUAUCUUUCCAUGUUCCCGAACUUUUCGGCGGCGGCGGCAGCCAAAAUGCCUGAUAUGUCCGCCCUGUUUGCGCAGGACAAGUACGAAAUACCGGACCCACUGUCCAAGGCCACGCUCGAGGCGAACAACAUGUAUCUGGCACCGUCCGCCUCGCUGCUUAAGCUGCACCAGGAAGCGUUCAACUCGAUGCUGAUGAAACCACCGAAAUCGUCCUCCUCGUCGACGGCUUCGUCGACGGGCAAGAUUGAAACGCCACCACCGCCACCUCCACCCUCCGCCGGGGCGUCCCUCAUCCCUUCGCCCGGGUCACGCCUAACGCCGACCAAGUCCGCCGUCAACAGCCGGGAAAGUCCAUCGCUCGGUGCGGGUGGUGGCAGUGGUGGAGGUGGAGGUGGAGGAGGAGGAAGCGGCGGAGGUAGCGCUAAGUACAACUUUUCCGCCGUUGAUCUGGCCGUUUCGAGCGUGGUACCGCUGGCGGCUAGCUCGCCACUCGGUGCCACCGCCGCAGCGGCCGAUCUGUCGCGCAAAUCUUCUUCCCAAACGCCACCGGUCGACAUGUCACGAUCGUCGCCGGCCGCCAUCAUGCCGGGCACAACGUCGCCCGGUGCCGGCAGUGGCAGCAUGAUACUGCCACCGUACAAGAAGCGGAUGGAGUUUGCCUCGAUCGCGGACCUGGUCGCGGCACCACCGGCGAAGAUACCGAAAAUGUCCACCGAGAAUCUGGACCCGUGAGUGUAACUGCAAACGAGUGACACGCAUCAGCAGCAAGAAGGAGUCAAGGAGUCUCUCGUAACUGCGCGCACAAUUACUGCUUCUCUCCCCGAAAGCACUAUUUAUAUUAACCAGAUUGAAUGGAAGGAUCGCGCGGAUGUGUUAGUGUGCGUGUGUGUGUUUGGAGCCGUAUUUGAGGUAUGAUUUUAUAUUAUUUACUACUUUUAUCACAAAAACGAGGGCCGAGACAGGCGGUUGAAGCGAGUAGGAUGAACCGCAAGAGCCACAAGGAUAUAUCAUUAGAUGCGCACAAGUGUGUAUGUGAUCACACGAUCGGCACGUGAUACUGAUGCGCUCAGUAUCUCGCCCGGGUCGAUCGGGGUGAACAGGACAAUUAAUUAGUUUAAAAAGCGAAAAGUGUGAGCAUGAAUCUCGUAGCGCAGAAUAAUCGCAAUCAGUUCGUCGUCUGACGCGUCGUUUAGGUCGAACAGAUGAUUGGCUUGCUAUAAAUAUAAAUACAAUCUAAAACAUACACACACGUACACGUAUAUAUUUUUUAGCAAUAUGGAUGCAAGGGCGCACGAAUGAUCUUAGGAACGGGCGAGAAGUGAAUAGAAAUGCAGCCAGGGGAGUGAAGAGUAGCGUAUAGGCAUUACAAGUAAGCAGUAGUCCCUCCAAGGGUCACAACACAAACAUACACAGCAAGUAUCUAGGUGUAAGAGGGAAGGGAGCAUUGUGGCUCGGUUUGGCUUGCACCAGGGUGAAGACCCUGGAGGCGAUUCGACGAAUGCAUAACGCUAUAGCGUCACCAGUAGUAGCCACCGUCAGCAGUCGCCAUCCACUGGAGCGAAACAAGUAUUAGAAGAAUAACAAUAAAUACCUUAAUAGUAUUUUA